AUGAAAAGGCAAAUUUUGGAAAAGAAAAAGUACUCAAUUCAUAAUUUAGUCAAACUAAUUAAUGAAAGGAAUAAGCAAAAAGGCAAAAAUGGUGAAGAUGUGAAAUGUAUUAUGAAAAAGGAGUUAGGAAAUGGAAUGCCUAAUGAAGGGAAUUUUAAUAUGGAUAACCAUACGAGCGUUCUGAGAAGAAGAGAAAAGGAAAAGGAAAGUGGAAAAGAAAUGGGAAAAGAAAUGGGAAAAGAAAUGGGAAAAGAAAUAGGUAAAGAAAUAGGUAAAGGAAUAAAAGGAGAAAGGACAAAUUCAGAGAGUAAAGAAAGUGUUGUCACAUGUCGAACACUUUAUAACAACGUAAUGGAUGAUGAUGAUGAUAAUAGUAGAUGUAGAAAUCAUAAACCAAAAGGAACUAAUCAAAGUAAAGAUAUGUUGAGUGAAAAAGAAACAACAGUUGGAAUUGACACGAUGGAUGAUGCCGAUAUUACUGAAGAAAUUAGCGAAAAAUUUGAUGAAUAUUCCCAGAAAGAAAACAAAAAGGAAGAUGUACAAGAAAUAAAACUUUUUAUGAUUGAUUAUAAUGAAUGCCAAAAUAAUAAAUGUUCAUGCAAAAAGUUAUAUCGCUUUAAAAAAAUAAAAAAAGUUCAAGUAAAUAAAAAGUUUAAAGGAAUAGUAUUAACUCCAUACGGUGAUAAAUAUUUUUCUCUAUAUGAUAAGCAAAUUAUUGAAAAUUUUGGCUUGUCAGUAAUUGACUGUUCUUGGAAAUCAGUAGAUUUGUUAAAAAAAAUUAAAUUCACUAAUCAAAGAAAAUUACCAUACUCCAUAGCCGUGAACAGUAUAAAUUAUGGAAAACCAUAUAAACUUUCUUGCCUGGAAUCAUUAGCCUUCUGUUUAUAUGUAUGUAAUUAUAAUAAGCAGUGCAGAGAUAUAUUAAGCAUAUACAAAUGGAGUAUUUAUUUUACCACUGUAAAUAAAGACUUCUUAGAUAAAUAUAAGUUAUGUUACACUCAUGAUGACAUAAUAAAUGCAGAAAAUGAAUUAAUUCAAGAUUCAUUAAAUGAAAAAGAGGAAAGGAAAAAAAUAGACCACUACAAGAUUAUCUAUGAAGACAAUUACAUGUAG